CCGUCGCCUGUUCGUGAGCGGCGGCCGGGCGCGAACCCGGAGCUUCUUGCCCGCAAGCAAAUGGGGAACGUGUUGGCGGCCGGCUCGCCGGUGCCGCCCGGCUUCUCGGUGCCGCCCGGCUUCUCGGUGCCGCCGGGCCUGGAGCAGCAGCAGCGGGUGGCGGCGGCCGCCGGGCCUGGGGUCGGCCCGGGGGGCCAGGCCGAGGGCAAGCUGCCCAACCCGGGCACCUUCGAGGAAUGUCAUCGCAAAUGUAAAGAACUUUUCCCAAUUCAAAUGGAAGGGGUGAAACUCAUAGUAAACAAAGGUCUCAGCAAUCACUUCCAGGUCAAUCACACAGUUUCCCUCAGCACAUUAGCAGAAUCCAGCUAUCACUUCGGGGCAACGUAUGUUGGCACAAAGCAGCUCAGCCCCACUGAGGCAUUCCCAGUGUUAGUAGGAGACAUGGAUAACACAGGCAGCCUGAACGCACAGCUCAUUCACCAAUUAACGAACAGAUUGCGGUCAAAAAUGGUGUUACAGACGCAACAAUCGAAAUUUAUAAACUGGCAGGUGGAUUCGGAGUAUCGGGGUGAGGACUUCACAGCGACACUGACAUUGGGAAACCCUGAUAUUCUCCUUGGAUCAGGUAUCGUCGUGGCUCACUAUUUGCAGAGUAUCACGACCAACCUGGCUAUGGGAGGAGAGCUCGUCUAUCACCGCCGGCCGGGGGAGGAAGGUGCAGUGAUGUCUGUAGCCGGCAGGUAUACAGGGAGUAAUUGGAUUGGGACACUGACACUAAGUCAGGCCGGAGCACAUGCUACGUACUACCACAAAGCCAACGACCAGUUACAAGUGGGUGUGGAGCUGGAAGCCAGUUUCCGGAUGCAGGACACCAAUGUGACAUUUGGUUAUCAGCUGGACCUCCCCAAAGCAAACCUCCUGUUCAAAGGGUCUGUCGACAGCAACUGGGUUGUUGGAGCGACUUUAGAGAAGAAACUUGUUCCGUUACCUUUGACCUUAGCAAUGGGGGCCUUCCUGAACCACAGGAAGAACAAGUUCCAGUGUGGUUUUGGCCUGACGAUUGGUUAAUCGCGGUGGGUGGGGGGUGGCGGGGGGCCUUGGGGAACAGCUGUGUCCAUCGAGCAGAGGAAGACAAGUUUUUAUUUUUACUGGAAGGUACAGAGACCUUGUUACCUUGGAUCAUUCACUGACGGUGCAGCAGGUGUCGCCAC